CCCAUCCGGCUGUAGACGCCAUGAUGGAUGUGUCUGGUGUGGGUUUCCCAAGCAAGGUUCCUUGGAAGAAGAUGUCUGCAGAGGAGCUGGAGAAUCAGUACUGUCCCAGCCGAUGGGUUGUCCGACUGGGAGCAGAGGAAGCCUUGAGGACCUACUCACAGAUAGGAAUUGAAGCCACCACGAGGGCCCGGGCCACUAGGAAGAGCCUGCUGCAUGUCCCCUAUGGAGACGGCGAAGGGGAGAAAGUGGACAUUUACUUCCCCGACGAGUCGGCUGAAGAUUCCUUGCCUUUCUUCCUGUUCUUUCACGGAGGAUACUGGCAGAGCGGAAGUAAGGAUGAGUCUGCCUUCAUGGUCGACCCGCUGACGGCACAGGGAGUGGCCGUGGUAAUAGUGGCUUACGACAUCGCCCCCAAAGGCACCCUGGACCACAUGGUAGACCAGGUGACCCGCAGCGUUGCGUUUGUCCAGAAGCGGUAUCCAAGCAACAAGGGAAUUUACCUGUGUGGACACUCAGCCGGGGCCCACCUGGCCGCCAUGAUGCUCCUGGCCGACUGGACCAAGCAUGGGGUCACGCCCAACCUCAGAGGCUUUUUCCUGGUGAGUGGGGUCUUUGACCUGGAGCCCAUCGUGUAUACUUCACAGAACGUUGCUCUCCAGCUGACCCUGGAGGACGCUCAGAGGAAUAGCCCCCAGCUGAAGGUGGCCCAGGCACAGCCGGUGGACCCCACCUGCUGUGUGCUGGUGGUCGUGGGCCAGUUCGACUCCCCCGAAUUCCACCGACAGUCCUGGGAGUUUUACCAGGUACUCCCAGUGCAGAACCUGUGUCAAGGAGAGUGGAAAGCCUCAUUUGAAGAGCUCCACGAUGUGGACCACUUUGAAAUCGUUGAGAAUCUGACCCAGAAGGACAACGUGCUCACCCAGAUUAUCUUGAAAACAAUCUUCCAGUAGUUCUGACGAUACUUGGAGCCUGGUCCACAUGCAUCCCACCUUGGGAAGCCUCUCCAAAGAGCUUUCGGAGCUGACACUGACAGCUUCAGUUUCCCCCAGCACCCAGGAGAGCCUUGCUGUGUCUGCCUGCCCGGCAAGAGUCCAUUCUCACUGCUGGGACACUCAUGAAAAUCUCCAGGUCCUCCCUCUUCCCAGCCUGGAUGGAGCUCCAGGGCUGGGGAACGUCCGCAAGUCAAUGCUCGGAGAUGCCCGGAGCUGCCUCUUAGACUUGUCUGGCCCCUCUACCUGCUGACAGAGCAUGACAAAGAUGACGCUCAAAAGUAAUGCCAUUACUUUUAGAGGUAA